UGUUUUUAUAUAUAUGUAGGUGCAGGAUUUAAUUCACAUGUAUUGAUAUUAGACUCUCUAUGCCACAAAUUUUUGAUUUUCCAUCACGAGAAAUCCCUCCAAAGAUUAACAACUUUUUCCCAAGAAAGUAUUGAUUUCCAUUUCAUCUACCAAACAGCUGCUAUCUUCUUUUUCAACUUCUCGUGAUGUCCCUUACGCAUGUGGGCACAAAAGGAAGCAUGCACUCUAUUUUGUAUCAUUUAACCAACGGAUUACAAUCUUUGGUUUCUUUCGGUUUGAUCUAAGCAAAAUGGAGUACAGAGCAAGACCAACUUCUAGUUCUCUUGAGACACUUUUUUUGGAUAUCCAUGAAGUAUUGCAAGAGGAAGAAGAAGGAGGAGGAGGAGGAGGAGGAGGAAAAACAAGAAUGGCAGACAAAGCCAGAAAGGGCCUACAUAGACAGUUUAAACUUAGAGAGGCAAAGAGACACCAUAGGAAUUUUAGCAGGCAAGUUUCGCUAGAGACAGGCUUUAAUGCUCUCAAUAGAGAAUGUAAGGCUAAAUAUGAGACGAGGGCUCUUCCAAGAAGUGGACGUAGUUUUGGAGGAUUUGAUUCAAUUGAUAGGAUUAACAUUGGAGAAACAAGGAAAGGAGAUUUUAGCAUCUUCAAGACCAAAGCGACUCUGAGUAAGCAGAAUUCUUUGAUGCCCGGAAGAAAGGAGAAAGAUAUCGAGUCUCAGAGACUUGAUGGUUCUAAUGGGCAUGAUGACUCUGUAAAUGAAGGAGUUCCUGCUGGGAGAUACUUUGCUGCUCUUAGAGGACCAGAGCUUGACCAGAUCAAGGAUCAUGAAGACAUUCUCCUUCCAAAAGAUGAGAAAUGGCCUUUUCUUCUUCGAUUCCCAAUCGGUUGCUUUGGUAUUUGUCUUGGCCUAAGUAGCCAAGCUGUCUUAUGGCGUGCCCUUGCAACAAGCCCAGCUACUAAAUUUCUCCACAUUACACCAUUCAUCAACCUUGCUCUCUGGCUCUUAGCUGUUGCUGUCCUAUUCUCAAUUUCCUUCACCUACAUCCUCAAAUGCAUGUUCUAUUUUGAAGCUGUCAGAAGAGAGUAUUUUCACCCAGUUCGUGUCAACUUCUUCUUUGCCCCGUGGGUUGUGUGCAUGUUCCUGGCUAUCAGUGCACCUCCUAUGCUAGCUCCUGAAAAUUUGCACCCUGCCCUUUGGUGCACCUUCAUGGGACCAUAUUUCCUCCUCGAGCUCAAGAUUUAUGGCCAAUGGCUUUCCGGUGGAAAGAGACGUCUUUGCAAGGUAGCUAAUCCAUCUUCCCAUCUUUCUGUGGUUGGAAAUUUUGUUGGGGCAAUUUUAGCUGCUAAAGUAGGAUGGAUUGAAGCGGCUAAGUUCUUGUGGGCAAUUGGCUUUGCACAUUAUCUUGUGGUGUUUGUGACAUUGUAUCAGAGAUUGCCCACAAGCGAAGCAUUGCCUAAAGAGCUGCAUCCUGUGUAUUCUAUGUUCAUUGCAGCCCCAUCAGCAGCAAGUAUUGCCUGGGAAUCUAUUUAUGGUGAGUUUGAUGGAUUGUCAAGGACUUGCUACUUCAUUGCAUUGUUUCUCUAUAUUUCCCUGGUUGUGCGUAUCAACUUCUUCACAGGAUUCAGGUUCUCGGUGGCAUGGUGGUCUUACACAUUCCCCAUGACAACAGUAUCAGUUGCAACAAUCAAGUACGCAGAGCAGGUUCCUGCAGUUCUAAGCAAGGUGCUUGCACUUUCGCUUUCUUUCAUGUCAUCAACAAUGGUGUCUCUACUGUUUGUGUCGACCCUUCUCCAUGCCUUCUUUUGGCGCACAUUGUUCCCCAAUGACCUUGCCAUUGCCAUAACAAAGAAAAGACUCGUCAAGGAGAGGAAACCCUUGAAGAAAGUUUACGAUAUAAGGCGUUGGACAAGGCAAGCUCCUAACAAGCACAAUCAAGUAAACAAGAAUUUUUGUGGAGAGAACGAUGGGUUACAGACCCCACAGUAAUCUCAUGAUAUGGAAUUAACACUAUCGCAUAGCAAUAGCAUGUACUUGUAAUUGUAAUCAAGAAAUGAUGCAACGAGAAUACGUUAUAUACCAUAACUAUGAAAACUAUAGAAAUUUUAUAUUAUUUUGUUUGACAAUAUGAUAUUCCAUAUUUAUCCUCUA